GUCUAAUACCGAGAAAGUUGUAUUCCAAAGAUUGUCAUUACCCUUCUCGGAAAGCUUAAGCAGGUACUCGAUGCCUAUAAUAAGGGUUUCGAAUAAUAAACUGAUAAGGACCUGUUUAUGAAUACUUUACCUCUCUUUACCUAAAAGGUAAGAUUUGUCUCUCUGGACAGUUUUCGUUUGCCCGUUGGUGAGAAAACACAGAACUCAACAUGCCAGUGCCAACAGCAAUAUACACAAUUAGGUAAGAAUUUUUACGUAUUUUUUGCGCUUAAAUACAUAAAAUAUACAGUAGCUAACUCAAAAAGAUCCAGACACCUGAUUGUUUUAACCAUGAUUAAAUACAAAAAGAGUUUUAGUGUAAAUCUAUAAAUGGUUUCAUUGGCCGCAAAGGUGUUUUUUUUAGCGCUACUAUAUGGUGCGUCACAUGAAGAAGAUAACGACUUUCUUUUCUAUAUGUUAUAGGUACACAGAACAUUAUUCUAACUUGAUUAUUUUGAAAGUGGUUAAAUAACUGACUAAAUUUGAUAAAAAUGUUAUUUUUACACAGAAUUUACCACCCAGAAGAGGUAAAUAUCCUACCCGGCUACAAGCUCCUAUACAGAAUAAUGCAAUACAUCACGGAGCCCCCAGACCAAAGCAGGCAGACGCACUUCGCGCUUAUCUGUAAAGCGGUUCUGCAUGCUUACAACCCCAGGGACAGAACCCUCUCCGAGGAUGUUUUACGGAUGUUUUUCAACCAAAACGGGUACCCCCUGUCCCUCAGUGACGAAGCGGUGAGCUUCGACCACAAACGAUGGGAUAGCAUAGAGAAACUGAACAUUGUGAUCGAAAAACCCAACAGGCGUUUAAGGAUCGUGGUCUUCGAAAGGUUCGAAGGCGGAAGACGCAUUGCAUACGGGCGUGUAAGAAGUUAGCUGUGAAGAUAUCAUGUACAUAAUUUAGUCUAUAAUGUAUUAC